UAUGUGAUUUGUGAGCGUUUGUGUGUGUUCUCCAUGAUGCCUAGUGUGUCACAUUGAAGAAGACAAUGAGAAAGGUCUUAUUGUCCAGCUGGAAUGUGGCAGAAGAAGACAACGGGACACGCAUGUCAUCGCUUGGCACCAGUGUCAGGUCUGCUUACAGCAUGACACACCGCGGAAUAAGAGAGACAGGAAAGGAUGUCUGCUGAUCCAUGAUGAUGAUGAUGCUUGGGGAGAUUUCAAAACCUUAAUCUGAAUUGAUGAUUGGAAACAUGCACUGAUAAAAGUGAGACCUCCGCCUGUCAGUCGGCCCCUGAGAUGGAGCUUCUCCCGCUGGGUGUGCUGAGUCGCGGACGUCCCGUUCACCUGCAAGCGGAACCCCUGUGGCUCCAGCAUCCCGCCAUGGAGGAGCAGGUGGAACUGUGGUGGUUCAACAAGCCGCACGUCUCUCUCCUGUGCUACUGCUUCUCCGUGGCUAUGGUCCUGAGUCUGGGUUCAGCCGGCGUGGGUCUCCUCUCCACCGCCUCCUCUGCUGUGGGACCCUCAGUGCUGUGGCGUUUGGCUGUGGGCUCCACCCUGUGUCUGCUGGCGCUGGUGGUCCUGAUGAAGCAGCUGCUCAGCUCGGCCGUGCAGGACAUGGGCUGCAUUCGCAACCGCAGACGCAUCGAGCAGCUGCGCAGCGGAGGAACCGUGGACCCCUUGCUUCUGCUCUUCACUGGUUUGGCACUGAUGGUCUGCGGGAUAACUCUGCUCAGUCUCUCUCAAACAGACAUGCUGCUCUCUGGUGGGACCCUACUGGCUUGUGGAGGCGCUGUGGUGCUUGGUGUGGCGGCUUAUGGAGGGAUGGUUUAUGUGCAGGGAAGGAGAAACACAAGGAGGCGAAGGCGGCGGAGGGUGAGAGUGUAUACGGUGACGGGGCAAAGGAAUCCACCAUGGAGGGAUUCAACUUAUAGUCAGUCGAAUUUGUUGUAAGCAGAGGUGGGAAGAAUAUUCAAAAUCUAUACUCAAGUAAAGGUACAAAUACUUGAGGAAAUUUUAUGCAAGUGAAAGUAAAAGUAACAAUCUUAAAACUUACUUCAGUAAAGGUUAUUGCACAGUGAAUCUGAAAUUUUCAUCUGUAAUUUUCACACAUUAAAAAAUUAAUUCUGACCUCACGUUCUGUAAGUUGUAUUGACACACUGCCUAUGAAACUCCAAGAACUCAAGUAAAUAGUUACAACUUACAUUUAAUAUAUAGUCAGAAUUAUUAGCCCCCCUGUUUAUUUUGUUCCCCAAUUUCUGUUUAAUGGAGAGAAGAUUUUUUCAGCACAUUUCUAAACAUAAUAGUUUUAAUAACUAAUUUCUAAUAACUGAUUUAUUUUAUCUUUGCCAUGAUGACAGUAAACAAUAUUUGACUAGAUAUUUUAAGACACUUCUAUACAGCUUAAAGUGAUAUUUGAAGACUUAACUAGGUUAAUUAGGUUAACUAGGCAGGUUAGGGUAAUUAGGGAAGUUAUUGUAUAACGAUGCUUUGUUCUGUAGACUAUCGGAAAAAAUAUAUAGCUUAAAGGGGCUAAUAAUAAUGUCCAUAAAAUUGGGUUUAAGAAAUUUAAAACUGCUUUUAUUCUAGCCGAAAUAAAACAAAUAAGACUUUCUCCAAAAUAAAAAAUAUUAUCAGACAUACUGUGAAAAAUUCCUUGCUCUGUUAAACAUCAUUUGGGAAAUAUUUUAAAAAGAUACAUACAUAUAUAUCAUAUAUGGCUCAUUGCCAGUAAAAAUCACUUGGGUAUGAAUGCUGAAAAAAAUCAGUCCUGUUCUGAAGUUCUGUGGCAAGCUCAAAGUUUGAACCUGAAGCACUACUUGAACCCAAAACAUUUGCCAAAACCUUGGAAUGCCUUGGAAUAUUGUAUCUCAGAAGACAUUUCAUUCAACUACACUGCCCACUCAAAAUUUGAGAGAAUUUUACUUGUAUAUUUCUGUCAACAUGCAUGCACUCUUUCAAAUUCAGCUUCCUUCUGGGUAAAUGAUACCUUUCUCUGGAACAAAUAUGCAGGAAAACACUGCGUCUACUGUGCAUCUGCAAGCAUGUCAAUCCACACAGUAGUCUACAAAUAGCGCCAGAAACGAAAAGACAUUUUCUACACUGUUCCUUGUUUUCUACAAAUCCCUACAAUUGUUCAAGUAACCAUUGGAUUUUUUAAGAACAAAACACUGAUUUUUUUUAAAGAUUUAUUUUUUGUCAGUAUUUAGACAGGAAGUGAAG